AUGAGUGAUUAUCAAGAUGAUAGAGAUGAAGAAAAUAUCAGUGACUACGAAUUAGGUGAACAAGAAUAUAGCGGAGAUGAUGAUGAUAUAAAAGAAUCAUUUACAGAAGAAGAAAAGAAUCAAUUAUAUUUUGAUGAGACUGAAGAUGAUGAAAAUGAAAAAUGGAUGAAAGAAAAUUAUAAAUUAUCAGGUAAAUUUAAAAGUGAUGGUAGAUUAAGUUGUCCAUGUUGCUUCACUCUAUUAUGUAUUGAAUGUCAACAACAUUCAUCCUACAGCAAUCAAUAUAGAGCCAUUCAAGUUAAAAAUUGUACAAUUUCAAAUGAUAUAGUAACAUAUAAUGAUAAAAAAGAUAAAAAAAUUUCAAAUAGAAAUAAUAAUAAUAAUAAAAAUAAUAAUAAUAAUAAUAAUAAUAAUAAUAAUAAUAAUAAUAAUAAUAAUAAUAAUAAUAAUAAUAAUAAUAAUAAUAAUAAUAAUAAUAACAAAAUAAAUAAGAAAAAUAAUAAAAAAAAUCAAAAAUAUAGAAACAAUGUAAAUAAGGGUGACCCUCAGCAAGUUGAGGUGAAAUUAGAAAAUACUCAUAUAGACGAUGAUGAUGACGAUGAGAGCGAUGAUGAUAAUAAUAGUGAUGAAUCAUCAUCAUCAGAUGAAGAUGAAGAUGAAUGUUAUAGAGUGGUCAACUGUUCAAUAUGUAAUACUCAUGUUGCAAUGUAUGAUCAAAAUGAAAUUUACCAUUUCUUUGAUGUAUUUCCAUCAUAA